AUGAGUCAAAGUGCUGUCGCAGUGUCUGCGCCUGGCAAGGUCCUACUGGCUGGUGGUUACCUUGUGCUCGACAGAAAAUACAAUGGGCUUGUGUUUGGCCUGGAUGCUCGUAUUCACGUUUGCGUAAAGCCCUUUGAAUCGAGCUCCGGGGUCACCUUUUCUGAAAUCACAGUCAAAUCACCUCAGUUCCAGAAUGCGGUCUGGGAAUAUGGCUAUCGCUUGGCUGGCGAAGACGGGGGUGUCAAAGUGACCCAAUUGAGAAUUUGCGCUUUUAGAGAUGCCGACUUUAAGCUGAACCGCAAUCCCUUCGUCGAGACAGCUUUGGCCUUUGCCUUGAGCUACGUCUCCAGUGUUGGAUCGUCCAACAUCUCCCCUUCGUCGAUCACCAUCCUGGCAGAUAACGACUACUAUUCGACUUCAUCGGCAUCACUGACUGAUGCAAGAUUCCACGACUUUGGUGUUCCCCUCUCAGAGGCCAACAAGACUGGUCUUGGAUCUUCUGCUGCUCUCGUGACGGCAUUCACAGCAGCUGUACUCAGCUACUACCUCCCUCAGAAGGUCUUUGACCUUACUAGCGAAUCCGGCAAGCGCAAACUGCAUAACCUGGCUCAAGCAGCUCACUGUGCAGCCCAAGGCAAAGUCGGCUCUGGAUUCGAUGUGGCUUCAGCAGUCUAUGGUAGCUGCCUAUACAGGCGGUUCUCACCGCCAAUUCUGUCAGCACACGGAGAACCUGGUACACCGGAGUUCGGCAAGCAGUUGGUGGACAUUGUUGAUGAAAGCGGUACCAAUGGCCAAUGGGAUACUGAAAUCAUCAAGGAUCAGGUCAAGGUACCCGAAGGCAUCAGACUGGUCAUGUGUGAUGUCAGCUGCGGCAGUCAAACGCCUGGCAUGGUCAAGCAGGUACUGGCGUGGAGAAAAGACACUGGAGCAGAAGCAGAAAAGGUCUGGGAAGGAUUACAAGAUGUGAACGAGGGACUUUCACAGGAGUUGGUCAAGCUGGCCGAGAGCGGAUCAAAAGAUUACUCGCCGUUGAGGCAACGCAUCCAAGCCAUCAGAAAAGGCAUCCGCGAAAUGAGCGAGCAAAGCGGAGUACCAAUUGAACCUCCGGCACAGACGGGGCUGCUAGACGCAUGCAGUAAAGUCGAUGGAGUGAUUGGUGGAGUUGUACCUGGAGCAGGCGGGUACGAUGCCGUUGCUCUUCUGAUUGAGGACAGGGAAGAAGUGGUACAAAAGUUGCAAGGUCUGCUUUCUUCGUGGAAGAUCGAAGGUGAAGCAGAUGGCAGUAUGGGCAGAGUGAGCAUGCUGGGAGUCAAGCAAGAGAUGGAGGGAGUCCGAGUGGAGCAGUCUGGCAAAUAUGCGGAGUGGUGGUCGGAGUAG